AUGAGAUUCUCUAUCGUUUUCGCCGGUCUCAUCGGUUACUCCGCCGCCCUGCCGGCCAUGGGCGGCUUCUCUGGCCAGCAGAACUCUGCUCCUCGUCCCAGCGGCAUUUCCUUCCAGGGCCCUCCUCCUUCUGGCUCUCCCCUCCCCGCUCCUUCCGGCGGUGCCCAGGGCUUUGGCGGACAGGGACAGGGUGAACAGGGCGGACAGGGCGUCGGCGGAAGCUCCGGCCAGAGUGUGACCUUCGGCGGUUCCCCCGCUCCUUCCGGUGGCUUUGAGCAGCAGCAGCAGCAGCAGCAGAAGCGCCAGUUCGAAAUCCCGGCCUCCGCCGCUUGGGGCGCCGCCCCUACCCCCUCCGGUGGCGCUCCCUCGGGCCCUACUCCCACCGGUUUCUUCGGAGGCGCUCCCUCUGGCGCUGCCCCUGCCCAGUCCGGCUCCCCCAAGGGCAAGGGCUCCCCCAGCCACCAGUCUUCCCGCCAGGGCCACCGCCACUCCCAGGGCUCCGGUGCUGCUCCCUCUGGUGCUGCCUCUGGCAACGGCCCCUCUCCUUCCGGCCUUUCCGGACAGCAGGGCGGCUCUUCCGGCUUCGGUGGCAGCCAGGGUGGUUCCUCCAGCUUCGGCAACGGACCUUCUCCCUCCGGUGCUGCUGGUGCCUCCCCCUCCGGCUUUGCUGGACAGCAGGGUGGCUCUUCCGGCUUCGGUGGCAGCCAGGGUGGCAGCCAGAGCGGCUCUUCCGGCUUCGGUGGUAGCCAGGGUGGCUCUCCCAGCUCUGGCAACGGUCCCUCUCCUUCCGGUGCUGCCGGUACUGAGGGUGCUUCUCCCUCCGGCUUUGCUGGACAGCAGGGUGGCUCUUCCGGCUUCGGUGGUAGCCAGGGUGGCUCUCCCAGCUCUGGCAACGGCCCCUCUCCUUCCGGUGCUGCCGGUGCUGAGGGUGCUUCUCCCUCCGGCUUUGCUGGACAGCAGGGUGGCUCUCCCAGUUCUGGCAACGGCCCCUCUCCUUCCGGUGCUGCCGGUGCUGAGGGUGCUUCUCCCUCCGGCUUUGCUGGACAGGAGGGUGGCUCUUCCGGCUUCGGUGGUAGUCAGGGUGGUUCUUCUAGCUCUGGCAACGGCCCUUCUCCUUCUGGUGCUGCCGGCGCUGAGGGUGCGUCCCCCUCUGGCUUUUCCGGACAGCAGGGUGGCUCUUCCGGCUUCGGUGGUAGCCAGGGUGGCUCUUCCAGCUCUGGCAACGGUCCCUCUCCUUCCGGCGCUGCCGGCGCUGAGGGUGCUUCUCCCUCCGGCGUUGCUGGCGGUGCUGGCGGUGCUGCUCCUUCCGGUACUCCCUCUGGUGGCGCCCCCGCUGGUGCCUCGGGUGCUCCCGCUGGUGCCGCUCCCUCGGGCGCCUCUUUCUAA